AUGUCUUUGGCAACUAAAACUAAAGACCCACUUAAGCCUUGUUUGUUUUUUACACUUGUUGGUGCUUAUGGACAUAAAAAAUUAAAACCUUUAACAGCUGUUGAUAUUGGAAUUCAAGUAGAAAUAAAUAGUAACAAUGAUCUUUUAAUGCAAAUUAAUACUUUAAAAAAUUCUCUUAACACUCUUGUAACUAAGUAUUCUAAACAAGUACAAAUUAUUGAAAUUAAAAAUAAUAAAAUUUUUGAAUUAGAAUAUAAAUGCAAAUAUCUUAAAAAACAAAUUGCUGAUCUUAAUAUAAAAAUAAAAAGUUUAGAUUUAUAUAAAAAUCAAAUAAAAGUAUUAGUAAAUAAAAAAAAUAAAUUAGAAAGUGAAAAUAAGUAUUUAAAAGAACAAUGUAAUAAAAGCUACAAUACUCAAUAA